AUUUUACUGUAAGGAGAAUUGUACCGGAAGUUUAUACUAUUCUGUCUCAUUUAGCUAAAAGUAAACUAUAAUGACAGUAAAACGUUUUAUAUAUCUUCGUCUUAUCUACUCCAUGUUCUUUAGAUUUGACAAUUAAUUGCUUUUCGGGAAGGAACGUGAAGGUGAAGGAUGGCUCUCCCAUGUCUCUGCCCUCGCCAUAUGCAGUUGGCCCUGCGUGUGUGUGGCUAUGCGACACUCAGCGGGGCGUCCAGACCGCAGGAGAAGAGCGGCGAGCCGGUUUUCCAGUACGUCGGCGAGCACAGAAAGCCGACGCAUAAAGUGUUUGUUUGGGGCUUCAGCUUCACUGGGGCUCUGGGGAUCCCCAGCUUCGUGGUGCCGGACAGCGGCAGCAAAAAACCUCGCAGAUAUCAGUACACUCCGUACCGCCUGGAGACCGCAGAGCAGAUUUCAUCGGCUGCUUGUGGUUACGGCUUCACUCUCCUGGCUUCUUCAACCAAAGACGUGACCAAACUUUGGGGCAUGGGCCUGAACAAGGACUCCCAGCUGGGCUUCCAGCGCACACAACACAACCGCUAUAAAAGUUACGACUACGUUCUGGAGCCGUCCCCGGUGGCGUUGCCUCUCUCCCAGCCUCAGCAGACCAGAGUGGUCCAGGUGUCCUGCGGCCGCGCCCACUCCCUGGUCCUCACCGACCAAGAGGGAGUGUUCAGCAUGGGGAACAACGUGUACGGCCAGUGUGGGAGGAAGAUCAUUGAUGAAGAAGUCUACAGUGGCAGCCACAUCAUUCACAGGAUCAAAGGCUUCAGCAGCAGAGUUGUCCAGGUGGCGUGUGGGCAGGACCACAGCUUGUUCCUCACUGACACAGGGAAAGUGUAUUCCUGUGGAUGGGGAGCCGACGGUCAGACGGGUUUGGGCCAUCCUAACAUCAGCUCCUCUCCGGUGGAAGUGGGAGGCGAGCUCGCCGGCGUGGACGUGCAGCAGAUCAGCACAUAUGGAGACUGCAGCCUGGCCGUUUCCAGGGACGGUCAGCUGUUUGGCUGGGGAAACUCUGAGUACAGACAGCUGGCCUUGGCCACUGAGUCCACCCAGCAGCUCAGUCAGAAGGAAGAAACAGCAUCAAGCAGAAUGAGACCACAAACCCACAAAGGACAGAUGAACUCUCCGCGUCAUCUCCCACUAAAAGGCUGUGGGAAAGUGGUUCAGGCAGCAUGUGGAGGAACCCAGGUGGCCGUUCUCAAUGAAAAAGGAGAGGUGUUUGUUUGGGGCUAUGGUAUUCUGGGAAAAGGUCCGAAUCUCUCUGAGUCUUCGUACCCGGAGAGGAUUCCUCCCACUCUGUUUGGACGCUCGGAGUUCAACCCCUCUGUGACCGUCAUCAAGAUCAGGUGUGGCCUCAGCCAUUUCGCAGCAGUGACAGAUCGAGGUGAACUUUUCGUUUGGGGGAAGAACGUCAGAGGCUGUUUGGGUAUUGGGAAGAAAGACGACCAGUUCUUCCCCUGGAGGGUGACCGUUCCAGGUCAGGUGGUGGAUGUAGCGUGCGGUGUGGACCACAUGGUGGCGCUGGUGAAGUCUCUCCUGUGAGCUGGGAUCCAUCAGGUGACGACUGAAGGUGGAACCAGAACCAGCUCUUUGCUUCCAGACUGAAUCUGGACUCAUUAAAUGGACUUUUUUCCCCGAGUUUUUCCAGUCGGUCGUUUUGCGUCACAUAGAGAUUAUUUGCGACACAAAAGAAGAGAAACGGCAAAGAGCUUGGAAAAUGAAGCAGUUCUGAGGAAUCGGGUUCUGGUUGUUUUUGGUACUUCUGGACUUUGUGUUUGAGCUGCAAUAAUAAUGAUCAGAUGGAUUAUUAUGCAGCAGAAAAUGGACUCUGGUUGUAAUAAUGUAAUCUGAAACUUACCAUUUUUGCUAAAAGAAAAUAUUUGCAGAUAAAUAAAAGAUGUAUAUAAUAAGCACAUUCUGAUGUUAAUUCAGUUUGUUCUAUUUUAUGCAUCCAUAUAAUUUUUUUGCAAGAUCUUCUUCCAUUAAGCUUGUCAGUUUCUGAGAUUGACUGGAUGAAUAAAACCUGAUAAUUCACUGAAUCAGUUUAUACCAGCGCUGGGCGUUUUGGCUUAAAAAAAUAAAUGAAAAAUAAAAUCUUAUUUUCAUACCA